UGGUGAAGUGAGAGCCGAGGGAAAGGCUGUUUUCGUCCCCGGUGUUCAGGUCACCCUGUGUUCGCUCCUGGUUCAAACAUGUGAGCGCUGUGUGCCACUAGUACUGUGGCCGCGGGCUGAAACAUGGAGCGGAGGGACUACUUCACCUCUCUGCUGGCCGGAGGGACGGCGGGUAUGUGUGUCGACCUUAUUUUAUUCCCGCUCGACACCAUUAAAACCAGACUUCAAAGCCCUCAGGGAUUCUCCAAAUCUGGUGGUUUCCGCGGCAUCUACGCCGGCGUUCCUUCCACGGCCAUUGGAUCAUUUCCUAAUGCUGCUGCUUUUUUCGUGACUUAUGAGACUGUGAAAUGUGUGCUUCACUCCGGCUCCUCUCCUUACCUCACACCAUUAGCGCAUAUGGCAGCCGCCUCUAUCGGGGAAGUGGUCGCUUGUCUUAUCCGUGUGCCUUCUGAGGUCAUUAAGCAAAGGGCACAGGUGUCUCCGUCCUCGACUACUUAUCAGAUGUUCGCCAGCACCCUGCGCCAGGAGGGAAUCCGAGGCCUAUAUCGAGGAUAUAAAAGCACAGUCCUGAGAGAGAUCCCAUUUUCACUCGUUCAGUUUCCACUUUGGGAGUUUUUAAAGGAUCUCUGGUCAUGGAAGCAGAGCCGUCCGCUCGAUUCUUGGCAGUCUGCAGUCUGUGGAGCAUUUGCAGGUGGUUUUGCAGCUGCAGUUACUACCCCCCUGGAUGUAGUGAAAACCCGUAUAAUGCUGGCAAAGACUGGAUCGAGUACUGCAAGUGGAAAUGUGUUGCUGGCGCUUAAUGAUGUUUGGAGAACUCGUGGCAUCACAGGGUUAUUUGCCGGCAUUGUGCCAAGAAUGACCGCUAUCAGCCUUGGAGGUUUCAUCUUCCUCGGAGCUUACUCCAAAGUCCGCAGCUUACUAGGAAACACAUCUUCAAUAGGAAGCUGAAGAGUGAUGUGCUCCAAGACACAGCGGAAAUGGAGGAAGCGGCAUAUUCACAGGAAUGUGGCCGUCAGGCUGAUCCAUGAGCCUCCUCCUCUCAUAUGUGACUUUUCUAAUAUUUCCAGGGGAUCCUUGUAGGACCGCAAAGCUGAGGAACCAGAACGCUCCACGUUAUUAGAGCAUUCGCUCCAAAAGUCACCAGUAAAUUCAGUCAUUUUAUUAAUCUCCUUCUCCUAACCCUAAUGUUCAUAGCCCCUAACUCCAGCACAAGAUGGAUGAAAGCCAAAAUGGCCGCCUUUAUAGCUGCUGCAGGGGUCUAACUCCGACCUGAAUGGCUAAUAUGCCUAGAUAGGCAAUGACAAGUCGCAGGGGAUGUGUAGGUAGACAUGAUGUUUGGUGUACUGGGGAUUUUGAGUGGAGCUGUAAUACUGGCUGCAUUUGUUAUGGACAUAAUUUAUCUUCUUGUUGCUAACUGGAAACGGUCAACAAGCUGCUGAUGACGGAUCUGUUACUAUUUUAUUUCCCACUGUGCAUGAGGUAUGGAACGGAUUGGUGCAGUAACCCCAUGACCAUGUACCCAGUACACAAAUGAUGUAUUCCUAUAUUGUUCAGACCAUUUGGAUAUCCACCAGUUAAUUAACAUCAGGUGUUAAAUUAUCAACUGGUCUCCAUUGACUUAUAUUGUGAGUCAUGAUGGAUCAGUCUUGCUCCGCAUCCCAGGACGCACUCAAAAACGCUGCUUGCAGCACUUUUGUGUGCGUCAUGGGAACGCAAUGAAACGGAAUGGAAUGUAUUCUGGCGCACUCUGUUCCCUUCAGUUCAGUUUUGUCCCCAUUGACAAUAAAUGGGGACAAAACUGAAGCGUUUUCCUCCGCUACUGAGAACCUGUGACGGAUCCCAGUAGCGGAAAGGGAAAACACUGGUGUUAAAGUAGCCUUAUUAGGACUGCACUGUUUAGUUGGUCUGCAUUGUUAAUGGUCCCGCGGUAUUGCAGGUGUCCUGCAGCUAUUUACAAUGUAGCGUGGCUAAACAGUGUGGCCCUAUUUAGUUAAUUGGAGCCCAGUGUGGCUUGCAAAACUACGUUGUAACCAUGGCUUAUGGUCGUACCGUUAAAGCGUGCAAUAGUUAAAAACAAAAAUGUCCAUAAUCUGUCGGCAGCAGCGGACCUCCUUGGUGAUGGUUUCCAUGUAACUGCAUAUCUUUUUCUAUGUUAUUUUGAGUAAAAUAUAUGAAAACAAGAAUGAUAUAUCGCUAAAUAGUGCCCAACCUGCCAACCAGGGCGAUUGUUUUGUUUUUGUUUAGAAAAGGGGGAGGGAUGAUUGCUUUAUAUUCCUUAAUGGUUUUUACAAAUAUUUCCCAUUGGUCAUUCGUUUUAUUGCAUAUUCACUGAUGAAGCAGAGCUGGACUGGAGAUGCCAAGUGAAUAAAAUUUUGCU